GAAGGAAUGGGGUGUGGGCUGGCGGUGCAGCCCCCCAAGCCCAAUCCCAAGGUCCGCUAGAGCUCAUUAGCACUCAGCACUGAAGGCUCUAUGGGCCUAGGGGGAUUAGUAGGUUUCUUGAUGCCUCGAGCUACCAAACGUAGCCGCAAAUACAGCAGCCGGGGACCGAAUACACGUCAGAAUCAGCUAGGCAUUGGCAGGAAUACCGGUGCAGCACGGCCGUCCGUCGCACAGCGUGUGCCUCGUUACGGAGUAGAGGUGAGCGCAAUGGAGACAUUGCAAAGAAGCGGGGCAGCAUUUCUCCCUGACGAAUUCGGCGUUUUUAAGUUGGUUGUUGGAGCAGGAUCCAGGCUGGAGCAACGGAAGCUUCUGCUGACAAGUGCAAGGCGGCCUGUGGCAGAGCUUCUUGACGGCGGUGGGCUACCGCUAUUCGGCAAGCCCCAAUCUUAUGACGGAGUUGGUAAGUGCAUCAAAGGUGAGGAGUUGUUUGCUUCACCUGAAAGACGCCCAGUCAACCGACGUCGAACAUGUGUACUAUGGAUGCGGGAGCAGAGGCCCGUCUAUUAGCUGGAGUUUCCCACUGAAUCGCUCACCCGCCGACUCGCUCACUGGGGACCUGUUUGCUGUGGGAAGGGGGGUCGGAUGCUGCAGCGGGCAGCAGCGGGUGCUGGAGCGUGCUGGGCCUUUGCUGGGCCUUUGCUGGGCCUCGCCUGACACCUCCUUCCCCACCCCUCGUUUCCCCCCCGUCGCCGCCUCCUGCUACUUCUCCU